GAAAAAAAAUAGAUAUAGUAGCGCAACGAGCCGAAGAACGACGUAAAAUUGAGGAAGAAGAAAAAAUGAUGAAAUGGGGUAAAGAAGAUCAAAUUCGUAAAGAAGUAGAACUCCGAAAUCGACCAUUAACAAUAUAUAAAGAUGAUGUAGAUUUAAAUGAAGAAUUAAAAUCAAAAGAACGAUGGAAUGAUCCAGCAACAACGUUUUUAACAAAGAAAGAGAAAAAAAAAUCAAAUCAACCAAAAUACAAAGGUCCACCUCCACCACCUAAUCGAUUCGAUAUUCCACCUGGUUAUAGAUGGGAUGGAGUUG